AUGGAAGCCGAAAAUCGCCACAAGCUGCACAUACUGGAAACUUCGCUGCUCGUUCGCCGAAUGAAGAUCAGCCCUGGAAUCUUGCUGGCGCACGCACGGACGCUAGCCAAAGGUACGGCAAAAUAUCCCGUAACCAGAGUCGAGGUGAAGUCUUUCACCAUACACGCAGGAGUACAGGCAGAAACACUGGACAAUGUCAUACUCGGACAACUACCGAAACGAGUGAUAAUCGGUUUUGUCAGCAAUAAAGCCUUCAACGGCGACAGACAGCGCAAUCCGUUUAAUUUUCAAAACUACUCUUUGAAUUUCCUGUCGUUGUACGUCAACGGGGUGCAAGUCCCAUCGAAGCCGCUACAGAUGAGUUUUGGCAGAGACGAUCUCUACGUGGACGCUUAUCACACCCUCUUCUCCGGUACGGGGAUUCAUUUUCUGAACGAAGGAAACGGUAUCGGCCGGCAGCAGUUCGCUAAAGGAAAUUGUCUAUUGGCUUUCGACCUAACCCCCGAUCUCUCAGCCAACUGUACAUCGCACUGGUCGCUCAUCAAACAUGGAACUCUCAGGGUCGAAGUGCGGUUCGACGAUGCUCUCAAAGAAACUGUGAAUUGCCUAGUGUACGCUGAAUUUGAUAAUCUUAUUGAAGUUGAUGCUGCACGUCAGGUCAUUACAGAUUUUUCGGGCUAA